AACCAAAAAAAAAAAAAAAACUAAAAACUAAGAUGAAGGAGUUCAGGAUACCGGAACUCAGAGCAUUUGACCAUCAACUGCUAUCAACCCAACCACUCAAACCACUCAAACAGCAUGACUACCAACUAUCAAUCCAUCUACCACCAAUCUCAACAACCAGCAAACAACAACAACAAGAACAACAACAAGAACACGAUCUUUGGAGCGAUUUAUAUCAGGAGCUAUCAGAAUCAACAGGAUCUACCCAGAAACAUUUGAUCUACAGCUGGGACACCUUCAAUCGGCCGAUCUGCUCUCAAUCAUCCCUAAGAUAUCAAACCCCCUACCCUUUGGAAGAAUCCAUCCAAGUCUGGGAGGCCAUCCUAUCCGAAACUCAUCCAAACCUUUCAUCUCCGAUCGACCGUACAACGUUUAUCACCCAUUUCUUCCGUCGAUCGAUCGGAUUCAAGACCCCCACACCAACAUCCGAUCCUCAUGCUCUGAAGCCCAGACCAGAGCACAACUCGUAUCCAAGAAUUUAUGGCCAAACUGAUCAGACCACCCGUUCACUCUAUGAGCUCUCGGAUUCCGCCUUCGCCAACCUGUGCUCGAUCGAGAACUUCAUCAAACACACCCAUCAUCCCUAUCACCCUCAUCAGUCCUUAUGCUCUGGUCUGGCCGUCCUAGUAGAUUGGAUCCGGACCGAAAUCAUGGACUGUUUCGAGCACGAAUCCGCACUCCAAUCGGGAUUACUGGCCAUCAGUAUGAUGGUCGAGCCACUCUUCGACCUCCUCGGAGCACUCGCCAACCUCGUCCAGAGCUGUCAAGAAGAACAAGGAACCAGACAACAGGAAGAUGUAGUCUAUCAACAUCUAGACCUCCACAUUCACCAAUGCUCCUCAAACUUAAUCCAGGCCGUCUUCAGUUGGCUGCUAGACAGGGUUUGUGCGGCCCUCCUACUCUGUUGGCAGACUUGGCUGGGCAUCGAUCUGGGCGGCCAACGCACAAUAUGGCCGGACGAAAAGGACCAGUUGUACCAAUCCCUCUGGAAGAUUUACGGCAUUCAAUCAGAUCCUCGGCCACCAAUAGAUCCUCAUCUUGAACUGACUGGCGACGAUUUGGAUGAAACUGGUACCAGGACAGCCUCAUCAUAUUGCUUCCAUCCUGAUCGUGUCUCAAGCUUCUUUCCGAUCACUCUGGCCGAGUCGAUUUUCAAGGCGGGCGUAUCGUUGAGAAUCUUGCGACGAGCCAAUCCAUUUCAUCCGAUCUGUCUCUCCUAUCCCGUCGAAGAGCAUGGCCAAUCUCGGUGGGUGUGGACCCCACAGGAUCUGGAAAAAGUCCAUCAGGCAGCCAGCGCACAGAGGCACGACAUGAAGCUCCAAAUAUCUGCCUGGAGACAUGGCACCAAGCGUUCAGAUGAUCCAUCGAUGGCGAUCCCAAGAGCCAAGCAAGCAUCAUCCACCAGACUGCAGGAUAUUGAACAAGGGCUUGAGAUCGAAGAUUUCCUCAAGGUUAUUAGCGCCGGCUUGAAGCCCCAUGAGACCCAAGUGGGAGGAUCAAGACACAUCGAUGAGCGUCAGAGAGGCUUGAUCGAGAGCCUUGAAGAGCGUCUAAGAGGUUGCAAGAUCGAGAGGUCUGGCCUGCUCCAACCCAUGGAAAUCCCCUCGUUAGAUAUCCUGACUGAGGUCACAGUGCUGGAGUCACUCCGAUGUCGGGCACUGGAGAUCGACCGAUGUUUGCUCUCAUUCUUUCUGGUCGAUCUCGAGUUUCUCGACCAUCUCAAGAUCCUCAACCAGUUCCUUUUCUGUAAUGACAUGAUGUUCAAUGAGCGGUUGACGAAUGCCCUGUUCAGUCGCGGUGAAGGCUCGUCACAGCGGAGUAGUCGACGACCGGUCGGAGUGAGUGAACGAUUGCUUCGACGAGGCAGCUGGCCGCCCGGCGGUUUCGAUCUGUCGUUUGCGCUACGGACGGUGAUCCUAGACUCGGUUGCGCCGGACCAACGCCCGAUGGGGUACCGGUCGAGCAGCGCCUGGGAGACACUGGAGGACCGACUGUCGUUUGCGAUCCGGCCGGGGAUCGAGGACUCGGCGGGGGAGAGGGCGUACAGGGCGGAGACUAUCGACGGCUUCGGCUUCUUGAUGAUCGACUUCAAGCCCCCCGAGGCGCUCCGCUCGGUGCUCGGAGCCGACGUGUUGGAACAGUAUCGGAUCAUCAAUACGUAUCUGAUGAAGCUCUUAAGGCUUCAGGCGAUGAUGAAAGCCAACUGGCGGCUUCUUCGUCCUAGACGCCAGCACGACCAGCUCCCUCCCACCCGGACCAGCAGGGACCGACGAUACAUCCAAGCCGUCGACCAUCUCGCCUCGCAUUCCCAACGCUUACUCGACGGCCUGGUCUCAUACACAUGGGAGGUGGCUAUCGGGAGUACCUGGGCGGGGUUUAUGGGACAAGUCGAGCGGGUCAAAGCGGUCAUCGAAGGCCGGGAAGCGCUCGCGGACUCUCCUUAUUCUUGUGGUGGUCCUGAAGAGCUGCAAGGCUCACAGAUGAUCGAGUCGGUCGAACAGCUCAAUCGGCUCCACAGACUCACUCUGACGGAGAUCAUGAGUCGGCUGUUCCUUCGCUCCAAACAGGAGGGAUAUCUCAACUUGCUCAGCCGGUCGAUCUUCGAGACGAUCAUCCAACUCUCGAUCCAUCUCCAAGAUCAUUACUCCUCUCUUCCUAAUCAUCCUAUACAACAAGAAGAAGAAGAGGAGCAGGAGGAAGCACAGGCUCAGGAAAAAAGACGGAUCGAGGUGGUCGAUAGGAUCGAGACUCAACAAUUCACGGGGACCCAGAAAUUGCUCAAGGCCUUGGAUCUGCUCCAUCGUAGAUCUGUCGACCUUAAUCUUCAUUCUUCGGCCCUUGUUGAUCCUGCUCCUGGCAGGAAGAUCGGCUUCCUUAUUCAGCUGAUCUCUCGCUUGGACUUUAAUUCCUUUUUCUACAAGUCCGAUUCGCUUUCUUCUUCUCUCUCUUCGUAGAUAUUGUGUUUCUUCGUGUUUGUGUUUUUGUUUUUAUUCCUGUUUUUAACUUUUUGUUGUUAGUUGCCUCACCACCCCCUCCCUUUUCUCUCUCUUCGGUUUAGUUGUAUUGAAAUACACCGCCUCUUUGUGACUUUGUUGCUUGAUCAUUCAGUGCAACAAGAUUUAUUCAGAAGGAGAUGUGUGAUCUUUGGUUCUAGGAAAACGCUCUUGAGCGCCCAUGUACUUUUCUCGUUUUUUCAAGUAAAUGUGGAGUGUUCUUUGUGUGAAGUGUUAACCGAAUCUAUUUGGGAAUAUGUAUCCUUGGGCGGGAGGGUGUGUAUCGAUGCGAUUCGUG